GUUCAGCAACUGAAAAUAACGACAAUAAUAAUGAUAGUGAGAGUGUUAUAAGUGAAUUCCAGUGGUUUUGUCAUGAUAUAGAGAAUCUCUUAAAAGAAAAUGAUCCUAUAUUAAACAACACUGUUGCAUCUUUCCUUCAAUCUUGCAAUUGGGAUGCAGGUCAGAGAAUGCAUCAAGGAAGACCAAGAGAAUCAAGAAGAAAAUUGGUUGGUAAUAUUGAAGAACAAGAAUUGGAUGAGUCUGUUAUGUCAGCACAAUUAAAAAGACCAAAAAAACAACCAUAUGACUUGCAGCAAGCCAUAUUAGAAAACCGGCCAAAUGGUGUGGCAUAA